UCACAACAGCUUUUUAUUUAAGGAGGAGACAUUCAGGGUGGCAGCAGGUAGGACCAGACUCACCAUGAGCAUGAAAGGCUUCAUGUUUGUUGUGUUGAACUUGGCAUUUUCAUCAGGACUCUACAUAAGUACAAAUGAACCAGAUGUUGAGGAAGUCAUCAUCAACAACUCGACAGAGCCGUCAAAGGAUGCAUUCUACGAUGACAUCCGUGAGCUUCCAUUUCAGAGGAGUUCCAUUAUUGACGAGUCCGAACUGUGGACGUUUCCAGUUCCAUAUGUCUUCGACGAAAACCUUGACUUGAAUGCCAAAGGAGUCAUGCUGAGAGCCUUUGAUCAAUUCAGACUGAAAUCAUGCAUCGACUUCAAGCCAAGGGACUUUGAGGAAUACUACCUUAAGGUCCAGAAGUUAACCGGGUGUUUUUCAUAUAUUGGGAAAGUAAUCCGCAACGGACAGGACCUCUCCAUUGGCAGUAACUGUGAUUACCUCUACAUUGCUGAACACGAGAUCCUCCACGCUCUUGGGUUCUUCCACGAGCAGUCCAGAUAUGACAGAGACGAUUAUGUGAGAAUCGUAAACGAGAACAUUUUAGAAGGUCGGGAGCGUAAUUUUAACAAGGUUGAGGACAGUUCCACCCAGGGAGUCCCAUAUGACUACUGGUCUGUGAUGCAUUAUGGGAAAGAUGCUUUUACAAAUGGCAAUGGCUCAACAAUCAUCACCAUAGACCCCAAAUUCCAAGAUGUAAUUGGUCAAGAUCUGGAAAUGAGUACUCGUGAUGUCCAGGAAUUGAACCUUCUCUACAAAUGCAACUCCACCAUCGCCUUUGAUAUGCACUGCAGCUUCUCUAAUGGGACUAUGUGCCAAAUGAAUCGCUGUUCACGAGGUGGGAAUGGCUGGGACAUGGUGACACAAGUUUAUGGGGGUCCAGACUCUGACCAUACCACACUACCUGGUGGAAACACAGAUCAUGGGCAGGAAUCAGGUUACUUCAUGCAUGCAAGCACAGCAUCCGGUCAAGAAGGAGAUUCAGCAAGCUUGGAGACCAGGAUGAUGAGUCCAAAACGGGACUGUCAUGUCCAGUGCCUCCAGUUCUACUACUACCACAGUGGGAACGACUCGGAUACACUUAACAUCUGGAUCAGAGAGUUUCAGGAUGAACAGGACUCCACAGGAACCCUCCGCCUCAUGGGACAGAUCACUGGCCCACAAACCUCUCACUGGAAACUCCAACAUGUUUCUCUGAACGCCACCAAGAACUUCCAGGUGGUGUUUGAAGUUCGGAAAGGAGCAGGAAAUUCUCCAGGAGGAUUCUCAAUAGAUGACAUCAACCUCUCUGAAACUGAGUGUCCACAUGUAACCGUUCAGAUUGAUGAGUUUGAGAAACUGUUGAACACUACUGACUUUAGAACCAGAGUUUACAGUCCCCGGCAGUACUCCAAGGACGGCUAUGCUUACAGGGUAGCUGUGACAAUCUACCAGACAUUUUUCGGACUGAACUUUCAACUCGUGUCAGGUGACUAUGACGACCAGCUGAAGUGGCCUUGCCUACAGAGGCAAAUUACUUCCCAAAUGCUGGACCAGAACCCCAACAUCAAGCUGCAGAUGUCUAAACAGAGGAGUAUUACCACUGAACUAGGUCAUGUGACCUCUGACGGUGACGUUGUCUGGGAUAACCCUCGGGAGACUGGUGUUCCCAUUGUAGAUGAGAAUAAUCAGACAAUCUACGUCGGACCUCUGUAUGGUUAUUAUUUUGCAAAUGUGGACGAGAUGGAAACCAGAGAGUUCCUCAAAGGAGGAACUGCUAUUUUCACAUUCAACUUUCAAGAUCUCACUCCUCUAGUUUAUGGAAAUGUUCUACCCUGUGCUCAAGUGGCAUCAGUGAACAUCCCACAUCCUCCCGCAGAAGGCCCAUGCUCCACACGGAUCUCACCCACUACCGCUGGACCCUCUACAACAGAUGACAGCAUUUUUGGCUCGUCUCCUGUUAUGGUGCCGUCUGCUGUCCUCACCGUCCUCCUCACAGUGAUGCUUAUGAUACCUUGAUGAGCAUCUUCCAAAACAGCAAAUCUUAUGUCUUUUUGCACAGACAGCACCACAAAUGUGCUGACUUGCAUAUAAGUAUGUGUGUUUUUUUAAAAGGCAAAUAGGGCAGAGUGUUGAUCGAAAUACAUGCUUUAUGGAUAGAGGGAAUUAUAGAUCUUACUUAUAUGUGGUCAGCGUGUUACUUGUUUAAAGACAAGCUUCUGACAUAAGGGCUUUCAUUUGGUGGUGGGAACAUCUAUCUGUUACAAAGCAUCUAUGCGUUAUUUUUAAACAAUACUUGGGGUUAUAUUGUAGCAAUUAUCGAUACACUUAUUUCUGGGUCCUUUUUUUUUAAUCUCCAGUGUGUUUGAUUAAGUAAAUGAUUGUUUUUUGGGGAGGUUAGUAUACAAGUGUAGCUUUUAUAAUACUGUCAUGUUUUAUUAUGGAUCUUGUUGGCCUGUAGAAAAUAAAGAAUAAAGAUGUUUAAACAAAA